GUAAAAACAAGAUAACAUUUCAAAUUCGUGAAGUUUUAUUAAUUUUAAAUGCACAUUUCUUUAAACAGAUAUUUAUUUUAAACAUAUAACCUGCAGCUCUCGUUGAGAUGUUCAAACUGAUUUUUUGGUUAGUAGAAUCCAAGUUUGAAUAGUACAGUCAAGCCUCUCUGCAUAGCAGAAAGUUGAAGAACAAAUAAAAAGUGUAGGUUUGAGACAGAUGUCAGCUCAGAUGCUAGAGAAUGUUCAAAAAUCUUUUUACCAAGCAUAAUGGACACAAAAUUGACUAAAAAUUACAAUUACUUAUAAUAAAUUGUUCUUUUUCUCCAUGGCUUUCAUUUCGUAGAAUUCAAAGUACAUGAUUACCACAGUGUUUGUGAGCCGUGCAACAGGUGUCUGUUCUAAAUAUCAGCCUUCUGCAGCAGGUGUCUGCUAUUUUAAAGUUUUCCAAUCUAGUUUAGGCCGUGAAUUGAUAAGUUCUAGGAAAACUGUCCGAUCUAGUUGGGUGUCGCAAAUAGGGUGUCCACUCAGGACAAAACUGACAGUAUCUUUCAACCGUUUUAUUUUUUCUAAUGAAAAUUAACUUGUAAGCAGGGUCAGGCUCGAUAUAAAUAAAGAUUGAAAAAAGAAAAAACAACAAAUGAUGUUUGGAUAGAAAUUAACGAGAAUGUAACUUUACUAUCUUUUUUAUUUUCUGUGGUUUCAUACACGUGUCAAAGUCAAAAGCUCUCUCGUCAUUCAACUCUCACGCCAUCCUCAUUUUGAUCAAACUUGACGCAUUCGUAAUUGCAGACCUUAUAAUUGUUUUAAGUAUAAAAACAUGGAUUCAUUAUGCAAAAGUUUUGUGAGAUGGAUUACUUCGCGUCCGAAGGCCUAAAAUUUUCUUAGUAAAUUCCUGGAAUGAAAAGUUUUUUUGAUUCUUUUAUAUUUUUUAUUAAUAUUUGUAAACACAGGCUAUGUGAAGCUUAGAAUGUUCUUAACUUGUUCUUAAUAUUCUUUCUUUAAAAGGGAAAGGUUUAACAUCUUUUAUAUAAGAACAAAGUAUAUAAGAACACAUGGCUUCAAGUCAUCGGGACAUGUUAAGAACGUUCAAGGCUUUAUCUACAGCAAGAAAUAAUCCUUUAACAUAAAUGACAAAAUAAGAAGAACGUUAAGAACAUUUUAGGAACAUUUUGAGGCUUUAAAUUGAAAUAUUUGAAGGCUUGUAAAAAAUAACAUAAAAUGUAAAAACAGACCAAUAUAGACUAUACUUCUUGUAUCAUGAAACUGCUAAUUUAUAAAAAUAAAAAAACUCCGGUUUAAUAUUCAACUUAGCGCUUUUUACAGUAAAAUAAACUGUGAUCGGCAAAAUAUGCACAUAUCAGUGACAUUAAAAGUGUGUUAUAACUAGAAAGAAAAGAGAACAAGUCACUACUUCGAGAACCACAUUAUAAUCGCACCUAUAAUAACAGUAAAAACUCUCAUCCAAGUACAUUUUAUUGCUUUAACACACAAGCAAGAAUGCACGAAAUAAAGAUGCAGGAAAUAUGUACGGCGGCUCUCCCAUGGAAUUUUCUACGGGCUAAUGGCUAGCUAAUAUUGAAACAAAUCUUGAUAGAAUACAUCUAGAUAGCUAGUUACCUAACUUGGUCUAAGUCAAAGAUUUAUACCAAGGGGUUGUUAGCCGGUGAAAAAAUCCACCACAGACAAGUUGAUAGAAAUAUAUCGCAUUUGCUAUUUCGUGUCCGUAAACGAAUUUUUUUUGCGCACAGACAGACGGGUAUUAAUAUAAAAGACUAGUCAUUCUUAAUAUAUCGCAUUUCGUGUUUCUGUAGCACGACGAUUUACUUUCGCACCAACAGACAUAAUACUCCUGUUAUUAAUAAUUUUUUAUCACAUUUUAUCGACACUUGAGGUGCACCCAAGAACAAUAAUUUUCAAUGUUUAGAAAACUACUAAAUAUUUUAUUCUUGUUCAAAAUAUAAGUGUAUUUCAGUGUGUUUUUUAGUGGUUUAAUUUACAUUAGUUUGAAAUAUUUCACUUGUACAUGCAAAGCUAAUCAAAUUGUUCUUUUGUUGUUUUCACAUAAAGGUCGCUGGGUAACAAAUUAAGUUCGUCUAAUUUGUGCCCCCUACAAAGUUAAUUAAUCUUAUUAGGUUUAACUAUUGACGCAAACUGACCACUAUCAGUACAUUUUUGUUUUCAUAUAUUUUGUUCCACACGCGAUAUUUCCUCUUAAGGAUAAUUUUUUGUGGUGAACCUCGAUCUGAGGAUUUGUUCUUCGUUUUCACAAGAAGCAAGCGUGGUCAAAUCCGACUUACUCAACUGUUUCAAUUUUAUUGAACACAAAUCCUUUUAUGUGGAUUUGAAAUAAGAGAGGAUCCUUAACAAGCUUGAUGUAACUUACUUUAUAUGAGAGCAGUUAACUUAAAUCUCUUCAAUCUACACCGAAAAUUACGACAUCAAACAAGUACGAAGUAAUCACAACACAAUCUCAAUGUUUCUUGGACGAAUAAAUUCCACUUUAUCUGGUGUUAAAAAUUGACUGCAGGAGGGCUGUCCUACAUUGAAAUUAACAAUCAGUCACGUGAUCUAAUUAGACGUACCAACUCACCAAAUACAAUAUAAAAACAUUAUUUUUUUGUUUUAACUUUAACUUAAAAAUAAUAUCAGUUAUCAACAAAAAAAGAUUUUUGAACGACUGUUAAACGACUGAGUAAAAAUCAAUCGAUUUAAGCCUGUAAAAUAUUUAUUGCAUUUUUUUCUGCCAAUAUAAGCGGGUUAAGCCCACUACAAUAACGCUUGAUACACAAAGAAGACCGAAGCGAACUUUCGAAUAUUGGAUAAACAUAAAACAUAAUUUUGGUUUCUAACACAAAUCAACUAGUUGCUAAUAGGCGAUAUGUUCAAAGAAUUGUUGUUUUUAAACCAUGGAAAGGAUAGCGAACAGUUUACUCAUUGUUUUACAUUUUAAAGUCUACAUUUAUAGACACAUGCGUGGUUUAGAAAAAAUUUAUUUGAUGGGACAUCAGAUACUGCAAUAACUCGCAGGAACUUCAUAAAGUUGACGCAGAUGCAACCGGACGUUUCUUUGUCACAGAAAAAGUUGAAGUUAAGGGGGUUUUACUUGGAAAAGUUCAUUGGUAAAGGAGCUUUUUCCAAUGUCUACGCGUGUCGAAGGAAUUUCUCUCGGAAAAAGUAUGCAGCCAAGAUAGUGGAAUUUAAUGGCGACAAUAAAUUGAAAUGGGAAACAGAAAAUGAAAUCGAGGUUUUACAGCGGCUUAGCCAUUGGAGCGUAGUACGUUUGCAUGGCGCGCUGAGGGAUAAUGAACGUACUAUUCUUAUCCUGGAGUAUAUCGAUGGACCGAUGUUCUUAGAUGGUAUCAUCUCAUGGCCUCACUUUUGUGAAAAUGACGUCAAAAUUGUCAUGAAACAACUUCUGUCCGUUUUGGAGUUUUGUCAUGAGAAGAGAAUUGUACACCGGGACUUGUGUCCAGAAAAUAUUAUGUGGGCUGAUGUACCGAGCGCAUCAAAACAGCACGCGUCCCCGUUAUUAAAACUAAUUGACUUCAACUUGGCAAGAAAUAUUCCAGAACAUUCAACCUGCUUGCGGGCUGAUCCGUUAGGGAAUCCAUCAUAUAUGGCACCCGAAUGUCUUCAAGAUACGCCCACCAUUUCGUUUGGUACAGACGUGUGGGCGGCGGGCGUUAUUAUGUAUACACUCCUUGCUGGAUACCCUCCUUUCUGGAAUGACAAUUACAAUCAUCUGCUUCAGAAUAUCAGCGAGGCAAAUUUUGUUACUCCAGAUGAUCUUUGGAACCACGUGACAUAUGAAGGAAAAAAUAUGAUUGGCAAAAUACUUUGCAAAGAUACUCUUCAACGUCCAAGUACAAGAGAGCUGCUCUCUUCCAAGUGGUUUCAAAACACUCUUCGCGAUGAGUCAACAGAAUGGACUGGUCAUACGCGCCUUAUCGUAUUCCUAAAUCAUCUUGCUGAAAAAAGAAAGAAAAAAAAUCAUCGAACAUAUAAGUUGACUUAUACUGAAAGAAAAGCAUUUGUUCCUGCUGCUUCCAUGAUAUCACAACCACUUCAGUUUGAUGUAAAUAAUAACAAAGAAUGCAGGACAAAUAGCAAUAACAAAAACAGUAUUAACAGCGAUGGAAACAACAACAACAACAACAACAACAACAAUAACAACAAAAACAACAACAAACAUAUAAAAGUUAUGCUUGAUGAAAUCAAAUCCAAUACAAAAAUGAAUUGUCAUUGGUAAAUGAAGAAAGCAAAUUAUGAAUUAAAAAAAAAUUCUAAUCAAGUUUUCCAAUAUUAAAAAAAAAAAGAAAAGACAGAUGUAUUUACAAGAAUAACAAUUUCCUAAUCGGCUUGGUAUACCUUUUUAUCUAAUUGGCUCUUCAUAGCUAUUUUUUCCUAAUUAACUUAAAGCUUCAAUCGAUUGCUCGUUUCUGUUUUUAAUCUGUAAUGAAUGUAAUCCGGAAUACACCGCCUAACAAAGUAAUUGGUUUUUUAGUGUGUUUGUUUAUUUUUAAGAGGAACAAUUAUAUAGUUCGAUAUGUAAAUAUAUGGCGUUUGUAAAUAUUUAUGUAUUUAAUGUAUUUUAUAUAUUUUUUGUAUAUUUGAAACUAAACUCGGAUAAUGGU